UACGCACCAAUUAAGUCAGACCAACUCAUGUGUCAGCUUGAGUCCUCACUCCCUGCACUCCCUGCACUCCCAUCGCAUCACUGCAGUCACCAGUGCUUGUGAGUGUUAGUGUGUGUUGCUGUGUUCCCCGAUCUGGAACUGAGUUGGACUUUUAACCAUUCACCGCUAAGGCCAUAGUGCAGAGCCAGGAGAAUACCCAGGUAACCCCACAGCCAUGACGAACUCAGCGACUAACUUGCGGCUGAAGCUGCCCAUAGCCUGCAUCAUCCUGGAGGUGAUCAUCAUCAUCCUCUUCGGCACUCUGGUCCAGUACGACGAUGAGACAGACGCCAAGCUCUGGCACAAGGAAAUCGCCAAUGGCUCCUCCAACUAUGACAACGACUUUUACUACCGCUACCCCAGCUUUCAGGAUGUGCACGUGAUGAUCUUCAUUGGCUUUGGUUUCCUCAUGACGUUCCUUCAACGUUACGGCUUUAGCAGUGUGGGCUUCAACUUCCUCAUCGCAGCCUUCGCUCUGCAGUGGGCCACUCUCAUGCAGGGCUUCGUCCACGGUAUGCACGGGGGCAAGAUCCAUGUCGGAAUAGAGAGUAUGAUCAACGCUGACUUCUGCACAGGCUCAGUGCUCAUCUCGUUCGGGGCGGUCCUGGGGAAGACCAGUCCAGUCCAGCUGCUGGUCAUGUCUGUGAUUGAAGUCACCCUGUUCGCAGUCAAUGAGUUCAUUGUGCUUUCUGUUCUGGGGGCCAAGGAUGCUGGUGGCUCCAUGACCAUCCACACCUUUGGAGCUUACUUUGGCCUGAUGGUGGCUCGUGUUCUCUACCGCCCCAACCUGGACAAGAGCAAACACAAGAACUGCUCUGUCUACCACUCUGACCUCUUCGCCAUGAUUGGCACCAUCUACCUGUGGAUGUUCUGGCCGAGCUUCAACUCUGCUGUGACGGCCCACGGAGACGACCAGCACCGCACGGCUAUGAACACCUACUAUUCCCUGGCUGCCUGCACCCUGGCCACCUACGGCCUGUCUGCCGUUGUGGCUCAUGAUGGCAAGCUCGAUAUGGUGCACAUCCAGAACGCUGCCCUUGCCGGUGGGGUUGCCGUGGGAACUGCUGGUGAAAUGAUGCUCACUCCUUUCGGCUCCAUGAUUGUGGGCUUCCUGGCUGGAACCGUCUCUGUGCUGGGCUUCAAGUUCCUCUCGCCUAUCCUGGAACAAAAGCUGAAGAUACAGGACACGUGUGGCGUCCACAACCUGCACGGCAUGCCUGGAGUCCUGGGAGCCAUCGUUGGCGCAGUUACUGCUGCUCUGGCAACCAAGGACGUCUAUGGAGAUGGGAUGGCUGAUGUGUUCCCUGACAUCCACUCUGGUGAUGUGGAGGCCUCGUUCCAGGGCGUACGACAGGCCAUCUCCCUGGCCGUAACCCUGGGCAUCGCCCUCCUGGGCGGUCUUAUCACCGGUUUUAUUCUGAAGCUGCCAAUUUAUGGUGCUCCUCCUGACACCAUCUGCUUUGAGGAUGGCAUCUACUGGGAGCUGCCUGGUGAGGAGGGCUCACAAGAGGAGUUGACCACUGUCAGGACACCAGACGAGGCAGAAAAGCUCAACGCAUAAACACAUAAACACACACACACACACACACACACACACACACACACACACACACACACACACACACACACACACACACACACACACACACACACACACACACACACACACACACACACACACACACACACACACACACACACACACACACACACACACACACACACACACACACACACACACACAUAGUGGAUUGUACAACCAGGAUGUGGCAGCACAUGGUGCUUUGUGUAUGUCUGCCAUAUUUCAAUGUGCCAAUACCAUAUCUGAUUCACUAGUAUGGUGGUAGUGUGUGUUCAAACACUCCAGACCAUCAGCAUAAGUGCCUUUCACUCUCAAAAGUAAACAAUCUCAAGGUAACCCAUAAUGUGUUUAUACCAGACAGAAGCAUGCUAUCCUCCAAGCAGCAUGGGUUGUGGACAGUCCAUUGCAAUAUACCUCCUACCAACUGCCUUAUGUUAUGGUUCUAUAUUAUGCUAUGAAGCUACAGUAUAUGACAGAGGUAUAAACUUGAAUCGUGGUCUGAGAAUUUGGAUACGACUAGUGAAACCUGUUUGAUGAUACAAAAACAAUGGAUUAAGCAACUUUUUAAUUGAGUGUUUUUGAGAUAUUUUUGGCUUCUCCACUCUUCUAAGAGAUGUUACAUGCACCAAUGUUAAGGGAAUUACACUUUUAGCCACUUUUAAUCAUCUGAUUGACUAAGGGAAAGACAAAUUCGCAGUAGGCCUAUGUGUUGUAAAUUCAAUAUAAAACCAAAGAAAAUUGUACCUCGCAUGUGAUUAAUGUAAAUCGCGGAUGUUUUCAUGAAUAGUGAAUAGUCAAUCACUUUUAUAGGUGCAUGUCCAUCACUAAAAAUGAAAAGUAUUCCAAACUAAAGCUAUGCAUAGAUAGUUAAAGUAGAGUUUUGACUAUUGAAUAUUCUCUCUGGGUCGGGAUUCUCCUUUUGUUAUAUUUCUAUACUAUGAAAUGUAUUGGGUCUAGAGUAGAGUUGCUAUUGUACAAUUAUGUACAGUUGUGUAUUGUACAUAAAUGUUUAGACAACAUAAAAUGUGAUAUAAUUGAAACGACUAGCUUCACCACUACAGACAAACAAACCAUUGAAUCAAAUGGAUUAUUUGCUACAGGGAAGGAAAUGGUGCCCAGACUUUGUUACACUGGAUUGCUGUGAAUUUAAAAUGAUAAUUGAAUAAUACCUGUAGCACAUUUUGGCAGAAAUAAAUCUUUCAAAUGUGA